GAGCGCAGCAAAAACAAAGAUGGCGGCCGCCCUGGGGUCGGUGGCCGCGGCUGCUGCAGGGUGGCGCGCGGGCCAGACUCCCUGAGGCAGCGACACAGGGAGUGGGGUUGCGGGGUCGCGGCGGCGGCGAGGGGGCGGCGGCAGCGCGCGGCGCCUCUAACCUCUAGCCGCGGGAGCGCGCCCGCACCCGCCCGCCGGGCCGGCCGGCAGCGAUGUCCGGCGCAGAGGAGGCCGGCGGAGGCGGUCCGGCUACGGGGUCUGCCGGCGCCGUGCCCGCUGGGGCCGGGCCCGGGGCGGCCGCGGGGCCGGCGGCGGCGGCGCUGGGCGAAGCGGCAGGUCCUGGGCUCCCGGACGAGGCGGGCCUGGCCGGCGCCCGGCAGCUACAGGAGGCAGCCGGCGACCCGGACGCACCGCCCAAGAAGCGGCUGCGGGCGGCCGAGGCAGCCGAGGCGGCGGCGGCGGGCAGCGGGAAGCUGGAGGAGCGGCUCUACUCGGUUCUGUGCUGCACCGUCUGCCUGGACUUGCCCAAGGCCUCCGUGUACCAGUGCACUAACGGUCACUUGAUGUGCGCUGGCUGUUUUAUCCACCUACUAGCAGAUGCCCGGCUGAAGGAGGAGCAGGCCACGUGCCCCAACUGCCGCUGCGAGAUCAGUAAGAGCCUCUGCUGCCGCAACCUGGCCGUGGAGAAGGCCGUGAGCGAGCUGCCCUCUGAGUGUGGCUUCUGCCUGCGCCAGUUUCCCCGCUCCCUGCUGGAGAGGCACCAGAAGGAGGAAUGCCAAGACAGGGUCACCCAGUGCAAGUACAAGCGAAUCGGCUGCCCGUGGCACGGCCCCUUCCACGAACUGACCGUGCACGAGGCCGCCUGUGCCCACCCCACCAAGACGGGCAACGAGCUGAUGGAGAUCCUGGACGAGAUGGACCAGAGUCACCGUAAGGAGAUGCAGCUCUACAACAGCAUCUUCAGCCUGCUGAGCUUCGAGAAGAUCGGCUACACAGAGGUCCAGUUCCGGCCGUACCGCACGGACGACUUCAUCACGCGCCUGUACUACGAGACGCCGCGGUUCACGGUGCUGAACCAGACGUGGGUCCUGAAGGCGCGCGUGAACGACUCCGAGCGCAACCCCAACCUGUCCUGCAAGCGCACGCUGUCCUUCCAGCUGCUGCUCAAGAGCAAGGUCACGGCCCCCCUGGAGUGCUCCUUCCUGCUGCUCAAGGGCCCCUACGACGACGUGAAGAUCAGCCCCAUCAUCUACCACUUCGUCUUCACCAACGAGAGCAACGAGACGGACUACGUGCCACUGCCCAUCGUGGAUUCCGUGGAGUGCAACAAGCUGCUGGCCGCCAAGAACAUCAACCUGCGGCUCUUCCUGUUCCAGAUCCAGAAGUAGGCGCCCACGGCGCUGCCCACACCUGCCCAGCCUCGGCUUCGCAGUGCUGUCUGACCGUUCCAGCGGAGGAGGAGGAGGAGCACAUGCGAACAUGGGGGGAGUCUGCAUGCGUGUGUGAAGGUGUGCGCGCUCACCACCUCGCCCUCUGCCCCCGUCCAGGGCACCGAAGCUGGUCCAGGGACACCGCGAGGCGAACACAGCAGACCUGCCGGUCCCUGCCCUGCGGCAGGGCGCCCCACCUGCCCUGGGCCACACACAGCUCCUGGGCCGGGCUCACAGGGCGCUGGCUUCAGACAGCAUAUUUGAUUGCAAUUAAAAAGGCACCCUUGUUUCCUA